UCGCAGUCACCACCUCCGUUGAGGACCUCCGCCGAGCCCAUUGAUGAUUCUAUGUCGCCUGGCUCGGAGUCUCUCUCCCUCUCAGUUCUCGACUUGCUCAUGCGCUCUCCUCUCCUCUUUCGCGUCGUACGGACGGACGUCUCAUGUUCCGUUCUUAGCCCGAAACGAAGGACUAUAUAGCUUCGACAGCCGCCACACCCAUAGGUACAACAAUUCCCUUGCGUUGAUACUGCUUAGCGAUGCUCAACAGAGCGUCGCAAGGCUCCUGGCCGCCUCCAUACAGGACCACGACGUGAAGAGCAGGCAAAGCUGCGUCCCACCGACCACACUGGCAGCAUCCACAACAAGCUCCGUCACAGGGACACCAGGACAAGCGUCAUCAGAUGCCAAGCUAGAUGGCGGUAUCAACUACUUAUGUGCUUUGUCGCGUGGAGACGUCUGAGUACGGAUCCCAGAGCUGGCAUUUACAAAGCUUGAAGAGCUUAAGACAGAGGGCAGAGCGGAGAAACGGGAACUGCGGCACGAGUAACUCUCGAGAAGGCGAGCGCAGAAGGCGUGCGUAUG